CUGAACUGGCCACUGCAGUCAACGCGCCCACUCUCUCAACCUACCGUGCUGACUAGCGAGCUAGCUGCCGACGGGCGGAGAGCAGAGCAGAUGAUGUCCGGGAUUCAUGAUAAAAUGUGUUGGAGCCGGGCCCUUCUCACCGGCUGGGUCCUGCUGCUGGUCCAGCUGCUGUGUUCAGAGGCAGUGCCCAUCAGUAUGGAUAAGACUAAACUCACAGAGCCAGAGAAAACGCCCGAAGAGCCUCCAGCUAGUGUGGACACUGGACUGCACUACGACCGCUACCUCAGGGAAGUCAUCGAUUUUCUAGAGAAAGAUCAGCAUUUCAGAGAAAAGCUCCACAAUACAGAUAUGGAAGACAUCAAGCAAGGCAAGCUCGCAAAAGAGCUGGACUUUGUCAGCCAUCAUGUCAGAACAAAACUGGAUGAGUUGAAGAGGCAGGAGGUAAACCGACUACGAACCCUGAUUAAGGCCAAGCAAGACAUUGAAGGAGGGAAUGACAUUGCAGUGGACCAUCAGGCUCUGCUGAAACAGUUUGAAUAUUUGAACCACAUGAACCCACAUACAUUUGAAGUGGAUGACCUAGAUCGGCUCAUCAAAUCGGCCACCAAGGAUCUGGAGAACUAUGACAAAGAAAGACACGAGGAGUUCAAGAGGUAUGAAAUGAUGAAAGAGCACGACAGGCGGGAACACCUGAAAACACUAGACGAGGAAGAGAGAAAGAAGGAGGAGGAGCACUAUGAGGAGAUGAGGAAGAAGCACGCUGACCACCCUAAAGUCAACCACCCGGGCAGCCAGAAUCAGCUGAAGGAGGUGUGGGAGGAGGCCGAUGGCUUGGACCCUGAAGAUUUUGACCCUAAAACCUUUUUCAACCUGCAUGAUACCAAUGGAGAUGGAUUCUUCGAUGAACAGGAGCUGGAGGCAUUGUUUACCAAAGAGCUGGAAAAAAUCUAUGAUCCCACCAACGAAGAGGAUGAUAUGGUGGAGAUGGAGGAAGAGAGGCUACGUAUGAGAGAACAUGUUAUGAAUGAGGUGGAUUCUAACAAAGACAGGCUGGUCUCUUUAGAUGAGUUCCUGGUUGCUACAAAGAAAAAAGAAUUCUUAGAGCCAGAUAGCUGGGAGACCCUGGAGCAGAACCAGGCGUACACAGACGAAGAGAUGAGGGAGUUUGAGGAGCAUCUUGCACAGCAGGAACAGGACCUCAACCAGAAAGCUUUUGACCUGCAGAAACAGAGAGACGAGCUGGAGAGACAGCAGGAGCAGCUGAAUGCACAGAAAAUAGAGCUGCAACAGGCAGUUGAGCACAUGGAACGGCUGAAAUCACAGAAAGUAGAACCCCCUCCAGAGAUUCACGGUGAUGCUAUCCCAGAGAUACAUCCACUUGACAAUCAGUUGUAUCCUGAACAAGAGGCUGAAUCACAAGGGCAUCAACCCCAUUCUCCCCAAGAUACACUUCAGGACCACAACACACAACAAAAUCAGGACCUGGCCCAGCAAGGUCUCCCCCAGGCACACCAGGAUCUGCCACCAGGCCACCAAGAAGUUGUACAAAGCCAGCAUAACCUGCCAUAACAUUUUUGUCAGAACUUGAGCCUCCACAACCAGACUUUUGCAGCACCUCCACUCCAGCGUGCACAGGAUCAGCCCCUCCUGAGUAUUAGGCCUCUUUAGCCAGCAUGACUUCGGGGGUCUGGAGGACACUUGAGGUGAAGCAGAGCAGCACAAAACGAAUCCCUGUUGAAUGAUACCAGUGUUUGAUAAUAAUCAAAUCUUUGGAUUACAUAAUGGAAUUACAGUAGUAAAAUGACCAACCAAGGACAUGCAUCUUUACAUGUGUAUAAACAGUUGUGUUUGAUGACAUUAGAAAUGGUCAAGAAUGUUUGGUAAUACAAUUAUAAGAAAAUAUAAUUUUGUUGAACUUUCUUGACCUGCUGUUUGCUGUUCGAAGCACCGAACCUCUAAAAUACUACUGGCCCCACAACCUGAUAGGUUUGAUGCCAAUGCCUGUCGGAUGUGUUCAGUGCAGCUGGUGAGGGGGAUAAGAUGUAGAAAGUAAUUUUAAUGUUAUCGUUUUGACUUAAAAUUUCUGACUUGACAAGAUAAAGAUAUCCCCAAAUAUCUCAAAAAGAGGUUAGUUUACAUGUGCAGCUUGUGAAAUGCAUUUCACUGGACUUUUUCAGUUAUUUUAGAAAUUAAUUGCAAGAUUUUGUAAAAUUGCAUUAAGAGUCUAAAAGAGCAGAAGAGGCACCAUUGCCAUUUCAACCAGCAUACAGUAUUUUGAUGCCCUAAUGGAAGUAUAAAGUAACAGUAAGGAGUUCUUGAUGCAAAAAGGCACAGUACCAUGUAAUCAAGAUCUACAAGGGUUCAGUCUGAUCUUUGUAGAAAAAUCUCCAGCUGCCAUUGUCACCAAAUAUUACGAUCUUUAAACCAGAAGCACCCUAAUGAGUCCAGGUUGCACACAGUACUUAUACUUUUGUCAAGAAAUCAUUUUACCAGUACUUCUACUACUUUCUUAAUGGUCAUUUGUGUAUAGUCAGAUUUUCUGAGUUUUCUCAACUGCAGAAAAUGUGCUCUACCUAAAAAAGAAAUUGGGUACGGGACUUUGCAAAACUGGCCACGUUUGGGCCACACUGCUGCUGCUCUCCGCUGACUUUGUUCUUAAAAUAAAUAAAGGUUCUUAAAUAAAGAUAGUUGUGAAAUCACUCCACAAACAACCAAAAAUUUUCCCCUAAAUCCUUACAACCCUAGGUCCUGCAGAUGCUAAAAUCAGAGUUUGGAGUUAGUUAAAGUAUGGCGGUAUGUUUCUGCAAAUAAUUUGUACAGCAGCCUGCCUGCCAUACAGAGAGCGCAAAUGUUAAACCUCUGAAAUAAUAAAUCUGUUCUGUAACAAUUAGCAGUAUAAUGCGCAUUUCGGUUUCGGCCUGGGGUUCCUACACAAAAGUGUAUAUGCCAUGUUAAUUUAUGUGUUGAUCAUAACUGAUCAUGAUUUUGAAUUUGUUCAAUAAAACAGUUUUGAUGUUAAGCUCAUUUUAUUGAUUAAGAAACAGACAUUUACUCUGGUGUCUUUAAUCACAAUUGUCUGCAUCAGAGUAUUUUGCUGAAGCAACUGUUGGAUUUGUUAAAUUAGUUCUGUUGAAAGAUUUUAUUACAAAAAGGGUAAAGCUGAGUCAGUAAGAAGACAGAUGUUACCAGUGUCACAUUAAAAAUGCAGCUGUGUUUUUUUUUAUUGUCUGUUUAAGUCAAAGUCUGAUAUCAUGGGAACCUUUGAAUUUAGUUUCUUUGCAUUCAGUUCACAUCAAUGUGUUUGGCACCAGCUGUGUACUACUCGGUCCUAAUUUGAAUAACAUGGUUUAUAUUUCCUACAAAUGACCAAUUUGGAGCAAUUGCUGUGCUAUUCAGGUUUCUUUUUUUAUGUAAUGUGGUUUCUUGUAGCUGCCAGACUAUGGCCAUGGCUAACAGGUGUUGACUUAUUGCCUCUUUUAACUGAAGGCUUAAUUUUCAUCCAGUCAAAUAACAGCUCUGCCUUACUCUCGGUUUUACUUUGUACAACAUUUUACCAUUGAAUACACUUUUUUUUUUUUUUUUUUUGCCAUGUCAUUUGUUUCCUGUGUGCCAAGUGUUCCUUUGAAACAAUACUGCAAUAUAAUUUGCACAAAAUGUACAGGUGGUGUUUCUGAUUGCUUGCUGCUGAAUAAAAUAGUCAUUUGAUGA